AUGGCAAGCUUUUGCACCAAAAGGCUUUUAGAGCUGACGCAUGUAGACCCAUCAAGGAAGAUACUACAGAAGAUUGUCCAAGCAGCGGUACCAAAAGCCACAAAGAAACACAGAAAAAUCGGGAAGAUUCUCAGAGUCAAGAGUCGAGAAGAAAUUCUCUUAAGGUAUGAGAAACACAGAGAGAUGGUCAAAGUUGUAUCUUCAUUGCAACAUCAUAAGAACCCGAGAAACUUAGUAGAUGGCAACGAACUGCUGCAGUUCUAUGGCACGACUAUGGCCUGUACUAAGAGAAAGCAAAACUCGGUCAACAAGCUCUGCUACGAGCUCAACUGCCAAGUCUGCAGGAUUAUAGGUUCGUAUUUUGACACAGAAUACACCAGAAAACACGGGAUUCAGCUGAGCAGAAGCAGCCAGGUAUUGACCGAGAUCAUGAGCAGUGUUUCCAGCGUCAAGAAAGCAAAGAGAGCUGUGAUAGUUUGCCGUACAAUAGCUGGAAGCGUAGACAGAAAUUUUGAUGUUAAAGAAAGAGAAAAUGAUGCAAUUGCGUGA